AUGAAGAAGCGGCUGGCUGCAAUAAAACGCAUCUUGGAGGCUGAGUUUAUGAAAAAGGAAGAAAACAUUUAUAAUUUGAGGGAAUCAUCAAGUCGUCCUGAUCCUGAAGAGAAUUUAGAGAGCGAACUACCUGUAUUAAUACGUCGCGGUCGAAAAUUUGAGGCUGAAGUUGUGGGAUUUGAUGAGGAAUUACGGAAGAUUGGGAACUUUCUUUUAAAAUCAUCGCCGUCGUCAGGUGCUGGAUUUGCGGCAGUUGGGAUAGUGGGUAUGGCAGGCGCGGGUAAGACCACUCUGGUGCGCGAGUUUUUGAGUUGGUGGAUAGUGCAAGGUGAAUUUUCUCCUAUAAUUUGGUUAUGCUUGUCGAAUAUAAUCAAAGAAAAUAAACAAGUAGAAGAAGAAAUUGAGGUCAGCAUUGUGAAAUGUAUGCUUAGUAAGUUGGACCAUGAAGCCGUUGCCGAUGGAGAUGGCAUCAUCCAGGAGGAGGAGGAGAAGACAAUAAGUAGUAAUAAUUCUGGUCAUCUCCUUGCUGUUGUCGAUGGAGAUGGCAUCAUCCAGGAGGAGGAGAAGACAGUAAGUAGUAAUAAUAAGUCUGGUCAUCUCCUUGCUGCUCUCUUGGAAAGGCUCAACCAACGUUUAUCAGAUAAAAGGUAUUUGAUUGUGUUGGAUGAUGUGUGGCACAUGAACGAUUUCUACUCGGAUUUAGGACAUAGGGAACAACUACUUGAGGUUCAGGAAGGUGAUAAGAAAGUUGGGGAUCGCUUGUCGCACGGAUUGCCUAAGGGUACUGGUGGUGCGGUCAUCGUCACUAGUAGGAUACCGGAAGUGGUUGAAGCUAUGGUGGUACCGGCGGAGGGGUCAGAUCAACGUUAUAACAGCUUGGUUAUUCCUCUUCAGCGUUUGGACCGACAAAGCUGCUGGGAUAUAUUUAAGUACACUGUUUUUGGUUACCUUCCUGAUUUUGAAUAUCAACAACAUUUGGAAAAGUUUGAGAGUGAAAUUAAGGAUUUAUGUUAUGGUCUACCAUUGGCCGCUAGGACACUCGCAGAAAUCAUGUCCCAAAACUCCCAAAAUUUAGGGAGGACUUCUCCGCCCCACCGCAAAUCUGAGGAGUUGCUUCAAUUACCUGAUUCCUUCUUCGGUAUCCCAAUGUUGGUGUUUAUUGAUAGGCAUUUGGAUGAUGGAGAAGAACUCAUUGGGAAAUUUUGCGACCUCCUUACUAAAGAGCAGGUUUUUGGUGUACGACUAAGAUUAGCAAAGGCAUAUGAUAAUCCUGAGAUAGUGCUAAAGGAUGUUUAUGGUACUCUAGAACAGCUUAAGCAAAAAGGUUAUUAUGGUUUUGCUUCUGAAAUUCAAAGGAAGAUGAGAAUUAUAGUUGUUGGCAGGGAUGAGGUUUUCAAUUGGAUUUUGGGAGUUAUCUGUGAUCUUAAAUUGCCAGAGUCACCCUCCAUUGCUCCGGUACCACCACCGACUUUAGAAAUAUGUGGAAUCGCUGCUUCGUUUGGAUGGAAGGGCAUUUCAAAUAUAUCACCAUUGCGAUCGUUCCUUGUUGACGUAGCACUGGCAAAACGAAUGAAAACUGAUAGGUAUUCGAUCAACAUGUCCUGGCAUUGUCUCAUUAGGAUGAAAGACACUGAAUAUUUUCCGACCCGAUUACGACAUUAUUGGCAUGAGGUGGAAAAAGCGACCCAAGGGUGUCCACCGCCGACAGCAGUGACUAAUCCCUUUCGCUGCGGGAGCUCUCCCAAAGGAGGUAAACAGCUGGCCACGAAAUGUGUUCCAUUCCCAUGGGCGGGGAUCGAACUCCUAACCUCAUGGUUAAGGGAUGAGACGAUUUUGGCACUACUUAAUCUUGAAAGGGAAGACCUAACCUCAAUUGCAAUAGUAAAGGUGUUGAAUCAUCUUGGUCAGUGGGAAAUGCUUCACAUUCCUAGAAGAAUCAAUUCAAUUUGUUGUCUUAACUUGCCUAUCUUUGGUCGAAGUAAUGAUCGUUGGGUGGCAAAAAAUACAAUGGAAGAUGGAAAAACACCCAGGAUCCUAUCUUUCAUAGACGAUGGAUGCCUCGAAGUUAUCGGUUCCGAAGAGCAAUUUUCUGACAAAAGCAGACACCGGCCUCUCCUUGAUCAGGUACGAGGAAUUCGCUUCGAGUUUAUAGAAGGUGCAAGUGGGUUUGUGGAGUUAGGAAUUGAUGGAGGAAUGUUGUCUCUUAUCCCACUUGGUGGUUUGGUUGAGAUUGAAAUCUCAUACCACUGUCAAGUCAACUUUCUUGCCCUUCCAAACUGCCCGGCAAAAAGUAUCGGUGACUCGUCUGCAGCAAGCACGUUCAAAGUCCCCCAUGAUGGUAACACUUCUAAAGGAGAUAAUGAGUCUGAAGAAACAAGUACUUCUGAAGAUUACUCUGAAGCAGAUGAUGAGUCUCAAGAAGCAAGCACUUCCAGAAUCCCAUAUGAUGAUGGUAACACUUCUAAAGGAGAUAAUGAGUCUGAAGAAACAAGUACUUCUGAAGAUUACUCUGAAGCAGAUGAUGAGUCUCAAGAAGCAAGCACUUCCAGAAUCCCAUAUGAUGAUGGUAACACUUCUGAAGAUGACUGA